ACCUAGGUCUCAUCGACUUCGGCUCCACUGUGAGCUCGUCGCCGGCGUCAUUUCGCGUCCCUUCAUUAUCCUUCAGUCUACAGCUUGGUUCACGAACUCGGUCGAUUCCUCUAAUGGAGACAACACCAAUCUGGACAAGGAUCGAGACCGAGAUCAGGAACGAGAACGUGACUGCGACUGGGAGAGAGAUAGAGGGCCAGAUAGAUACUGCAAUAGGGAUAGAGACAGAGAGCAAGAGCGAGAGAGAGACCGUGAGCGUGGUCGUCGUGAACGUUAUCGUGAACCGGAUCAAAGAAAUAGAGAUAUGGUUCAAGAGGAGGAGGCUAAGGCUAGGAAGAAGGAAGCUUGUUGACAAGGUUGCAGAAGCUGGAUUCUAUGUCGUGGUUCCUGAUGUCUUCCAUGGAGAUCCAUUACAAUGGACUUAUCUCUUUGUUGGAUAA